UGAUUUGCACUCCGAAACGAACGCACGUCGUUUUUGUCGCGCGCGCGGUCCAAACUGAAACCCAGAACCAAAACCGAGAAACCGAAACCAAAAAACCAACGACUGACAGUGGCUCACACGCAUACACGCACACACACAUACAUACUUAUGGCUGGACAAGUGUCGUGUGCGGGCACUAAAAGUUAUUUCGUGUUAGUUUUACAAAGAAAUUAAUAAAGACAUCAGUGUAUGAGGAGAGGAAGAAAAAGUCUCGUGGGCGAGUUGGACGCAUAAAUAAACAGGAAAAUUGUACUACGAGUGAAAGUGUUUUAACUGCCAGCAGAAUGUGUGCGCUGGAACCUUACACACACACAGACACUCACACACACACAGACAGAAGAGGCACACAACAACAACACAAUCAAAGCGAGCACCACCGACAUUAUCAGCAGCAGCAACAGCAACAGCAACGACUUCACUGCCACCAACAGCAGCAACCAAAGCAACAGGCAGCUCAAUGUGUUGGCCUGGCCAAAAGGACAACAACAACAACAACAGCAACACAUCUGCAGCUUUGGUAUAUUCUACAUGUGAUAUUAGUGCUAAUCGACAUUACCAGCGCGCUGACAAUGACCGAGGUGAAGAUACCCAAUCACAUAAUGCGGCUGAAGAGCGCCCAGCUGGGCUGUCGCUAUGCCCUCGAUGGCGAGUCGCUCUACUCGGUGAAAUGGUAUAAGGAUGGACACGAGAUCUACCGUUAUGUGCCGCGGGACAAGCCACCUGGACAGGCGUUCCCUCUGCCCGGCGUCAACAUCGAUCUCCGCAACUCGUCUGACACUCAGGUGGUGCUGAAGCGCGUUACACUCCAGAGUUCGGGACUCUAUCGAUGCGAAGUGUCGGGAGAGGCGCCCGCCUUCAACACCGUCGCCGAGUCGGAGACAAUGACCGUUGUGGUGACUCCCAAUCAUGGACCCAGGAUAACAGGCGGACAGCCGCGCUAUCAGAUCGGGGACACUGUGCGCGUCAACUGCACCUCGUCACCGUCCAAGCCCGCUUGCCACCUGAGCUGGCUGAUCAAUGGGGAGCCAGCGCAGAAGCAGCAUCUCAAGCAGUUUGACAAAGUUGUGGUCAAUCGAGAUGGCCUCGAGAUGUCUCGCUUGGGCCUCGAGUUCCGUGUGCGUGGCUAUCACUUUAAGCAUGGCGACAUGAAACUCAAGUGUGUGGCAAAGAUCAGUUCCCUCUACUGGCAGAGCAAUGAGGAGAGCGUCGAGAGCGAUCGUCAACAGCGUGCGCCGGCUUUAGAAUCACGUGAAACAGUGGCUGCCAAAUCCAGCACAAUUGGUGCAGCUGCUUCAAGACAACCCUCGCAUCUCAUCUCGCUGCUGCCAACAUUGCUGCUGCUCCUUGGCACCUUGGCUGGAGUCUGGCGUUGGCCCCCCGAAGGCGCUGGCAGUUAACUGACUUCAUCGGCUCGUGCUUAAGCUAAGCUGAACGCCCUUUUCGUGUAGCAAGUGAAAUGAUAGUAAAUGUGCAAUCAAAUGCAUUAAAAUGUUGCACAAAACUAGAAGGGAGCAGCUCUGUCAUAUCUCAAAGAAUGAAAUGAAAAUUCAAGUGUAAAAGCAAACAUAUCCUAUGCCAAAUUUCAUAGAAAAAUCUACAUACACUUAACGUUGAGUACGUUGCGCUAAAAUUAAAUAUACAUACCAUAUAUUUAAAUUCCAUUGAUGUGUGUGUAUGAAUAUUAAAUAUAUGCAGGCAAAUGCAAAACAAAAACUCUUUCAAAAUUACAAAACUAACAAAAAGAAAAUGACAAAAAAAAAUACAUAAAAAUACUAUACAACAAUGUAACUAUUUAAAUAUUUACAUGACGCAGAACUACUCAAUUUGAGCAUUUAAGUAUAUCAUAAGAACUUGUAAAUAUUAAGUGUUAACAAUAAGCCACAAGAAAGAAAACAAAAACCGAUAUGAUAUGAUAUAUGAUAUGACAUGUUAAAACUCAAAAGAAAUUCAAAGAAAUAUUAUGAAAAUUUAAUUUUCAUUUAGUGUAAAAAUAAUCGAUUAGUUAAAAUCUGUAAAAUAUAUUUUUUUAAUGUUUAAAUCAAAUUUAAUCAACUCAACAUAUGACAAAGAUGAGUAAAUUCUAGUAAAUUGUUAUCAUUUUCUCAUCUCUCUAGGUAAAUUCUUGCUCGUAUUUGUAUUAUUUUUACUAAAUUGUAUUUUCGAACUCAUCUCACUAGACAUUUAUCCGCAUUUGGCGCAUAUCAAAUUUAAACAUUUCAAUUGUAUAAAACGCACACACACUUCGAUCUACAUAUUUGAAAACUAAACUUUAAUUAUAAUUACAACCUAAUAGGAUUAAGAAUGCACCCCAAAAAAAAUAGUCAUAUGUUAAGGAGGCCAUAAGUUAAGCCAUAAGAAAAUUGUAAAGCCAGCCCAAUUAGUAAAUCCCAAAUGAAAACAUCAAAGCAGCAAAUCGAUUAGGAAAAGCUAAACAAUUUCUCCUCAAAGUAAAGCUGUAAAUAGCCAAUGAACGAACAGUUAUCAUUAUAGACGAAAACUCCAGUUAAAAAUGUAUAUUUAUGUGUACAUUUGUGUAAAAUCCAAUCAAUGUCAAGUUGCAAGAGUCAGUCCAAUCCACUAUGAAAAUAAUAUGUAAAAGCAAAAUGAUAUAAGUUUUUUUUAAAUCGAUUUCGUAAAUCAUUUUCAUCUUCAAAUGAUUGCUAAAGUUUGUCUGUUGACAAUCAGUUUGAAACUUUUAAAUGUAUGUUCUAUUAUUUUUUUCUUUUAAUAACUUUCUAAAUUGUAAACCUUAGCAAUAUAUGAAUCAUUCACUUUAACGCAAAACCUAUAAAUCACUUUACAGUUUGAGUCGUAUACCCUAAGCUAAGAUAACAAUCAUUUUGCUUAUGUUAAUUUUGUAAGCUUGAGUCACAAAGGCCGACAAAACCAACAACAUCUCACACCCACUUUGAGCCUGCGAAACAAUUUGUACCAGAAACUGAAACCGAAACCGAAAACGAAACGAAAGUCCAAAAAUGGACAUUGACAAAAGAAAUAAGCGAAACACGAAACACCGCAUAAUACAUUCGAGCCAAGACAAACAAAUAAGGCCAACGUGGUUUGGGCCAAAAUGACUCAUAAGGCUAAAGCCUUAGCAUGCCACAGGCUCGACCCGCAAGCAGCCUGACAGCUGCGAGUGUGGCACGUGAGAAAUGCAAUGCAUUGGGAAGGUGGCAUGCAGCAGUUGUUACUGCUUUGUUGUUGUUGUUGCAUUUGCAGCUCAUUUGCAUACAAAGGCGUUCGAUUGUGGCCAAGUGGAACAGUUGCGAAGCACGCAAAACAGCUUAACUCCCUCUUCUUGCCGGGUUACCCACUGCUUGGUCUUAUCACACUCGUAUUUUAGCAUUAGCCGUCCAAAUAGCCCCGGACGGACACAUGCAGCUUGGCAUUGCAACAAUUGAUAUUGGAUAAUGAUAAUGAUAACUUAACUGGCAGAUUGAGGUGAAUGGUGAACAGUGAACGAAAGGUAGACAAAACAUGUUCUUGUAAAUAAAUGCAAAAUGUAAACGAAAUGCGUUAAGCGUUUCGAUGAUAGUCAGUAAGCAACUACGCGUAAAGAAGAGUAAGCAGCGGCAGAAGCAGCUUCUCAACAUAUUCUCCAUUAAAUCUAAGCUAAAAAUUGUGCGUGUUGUAAAUUAACAAAAGAAACUGUAAAAGAGAUUGCAGAAAAGCGACAUUAAUUCACAUCCUCCACGUAUUCUUUGGGCUCAUCAGAAGUUCUGUUCAGUCUUUAACUGUUAUGUUUAAUUGGUUUUGUAUAAGAGACAGUAAAAUGUUUAAGAUUACUUUGUAAAGUAUAAAUCAAAUAAACCAAAAGAAGCAGACAUUUAUUUAAUGAAAUUG